AGUUUCGGGUCCGUUCAGGUGACUCUGAUCGAGCCCGAGGCUGACGUCCGCGUAGUCGCCUCCACGGCUCCACACCGGGCAACGUCACCACAAGUAGCGAUGUAGAGACCAAAACCGACCGUCUGCCGGUUUACUUCCCACCUGAAGACGGACAAGGAGCAGAACUGCGGCUCAUGGCUGUGAUUUUAGUCGCUCUCCUGCUGGCGUGCACCGGGUCAUGGGACAAGGGUUUUUUCACCGCCGCUCAGACCUGCGUGGACGAGGGCAGAUUUAAGGAACAGAGGGUCCACGUGGGGCAGCAGGCGCCUCCAUAUCAGCUGGACUGCCCUCUGCAGCCUGUUCAGCCCGAGGGCCCACGAAUCCAGUUCACCUGGCAGAAGGACUGUAAGCAGAUCCGCGGUCCGCUCGGGGAGACCUUCCUGGAGUUUGCCAACAUCCGCUCGGAGGAUGAAGGGAAUUACACCUGUACCCAACCGGGCAACAGCUCAGCUUCUUUCACCGUGCACCUCAUUGUUAAGGAGCUGCAGUGCUCAGAGCCACCUGAAUUCAAACCCCGCAGUGGCCUGACCACACUGUGGGUGAACGUCGGCUCCAGCGUGAGCAUGAACUGCACGGCUCUGCUCCUCUGGGACCCGAGCGAGGAGCAGUGUGACACUGCGCUGCAGUGGAGGAAGGAUGGGCAGCCGCUCAGCAACCACACGCUUCACACGCAGAACUCCUCCUCAUGGUCUCCUGGCGCCGGCCAGCUGCUGGUGAACAGCCUGGUGGUGGUCACCGUCAGGGAGGUGGAGGACCUGGGGAUGUACAGCUGCACAGUGAGGAAUGUUUCAUCAGAUUUCAGCCUGGAGAGUUCAAGCCCCAGCCACACGGCGGCUGUCAUCGCCGCCGUCGCGCUCCUCCUGCUGCUGGCCGCGGCCGCUCUCGUCUACUCCCGCUGCCACCUCAACAUUAAACUGUGCUACAGGAACUCCUUUGGAGACUACGAGCUCAAUGACGGGAAGUUAUACGACGCCUACAUCUCCUACGUGAACAACGACUACGACAGGAAGUUUGUCAACUUCAUCCUCAAACCUCAUCUGGAGAGCAAGCAUGGCUACAAAGUGCAUCUCAACGACAAUGACAUCCUGCCAGGUGGAGAACCUUCUGCAGAGCUGAUAAUGAACAUAAGUCGUUCUCGUCGUCUCAUCGUGCUGCUUUCGCAUGCUUACCUCGAGCAGGACUGGUGCGACAAUAACUUCAGACAGGGGCUUCUGCAGUUGUUGGACCUGUGCAAUCAGCCCAUCCUCAUCAUGCUGGAGGGUCAGAGCAAACGCAUGCGGGCUGAGAUCAAGCAGCAGCUCAGCGAGCACCAGCACUGCCUCACUAUACUCACCUGGAGACAAAACUCUGUGACGCCUUCGUCUGCCUUUUGGAAGGAGCUGUCCCUCGCGAUGCCCCGCACGCUGGUCUUCCGCAGCGAGUCUGCAGGCGACCCGCAGACGGUGCUGCAAGACGACAAAGACCCGAUGCUGACUGUGGAUCCUGACUACCUGGACUGCCGCUCGGACACGGACCCCGCUGGAGAUCUGGGGAUUCGACUCCCUGUGUACAGGGCCAUGGUGUGCACCGCACCCGUCCUCCCCCCUGCUCCCAUCACAACGGCUGAAUCCAAAUCCCCGGACAUCGAUGUUUCAGAUCUGGGAUCACGGAACUAUGGCGCGCGUUCAGAUUUCUACUGCCUAGUUGCUGAGGACAUUUGAUCCACACGCCCUUCACUGGUGCUGAUCAGUAAAAAAAUCUAGAUCUCAUGUCAUGUGCAUGUCAUGUGCAUAGCCUUGUUCUAUGUUUCUGUGUCAAGCAGCCUAAUAUUUUUCUUUUCUUUACUGGGGGAACAGUGUCUUUUUCCUGUUUCCAUUUACCAAAGAGACAUUUUAAUACAUUUGUAUUUUGUUAAAUUAUUUUCAGUGAUUCUGUGUAAGAAGACUCAAAUUUAAGUCAUUUAAGUUAAAUCAUUCACUAUAAAUGUAGAAAAUGAGUCAGGUCACAGUUGUUUUUGUACCAGCAGAGGGUGCAGUAAUGUUAAGCAAUAUGCAGAUAAGAUGAAAACUAUGUGGUUUGUGGAGCAGUUUGCCUUGUUGACAGAUGACAGACGACUGGGGAAGACGGUCUCAGUUGGGUUUGAACCCUUUGCACUUCGGUCAAAUGAAACUACAAUAAGUCUGUGACAUCAGAACCAACAGCUCAUAACGUCUCUGUGCAGGGGGCCUGUAUAUGUGACCACGCUGUGGUAAUGACAGGAAUAAAGCAGCUCGACAAAA